GAGAGAGAGUCAAAGAGUAAAAUCUCGUAAUGUCUCUCUUCUUGUUUUCCAUUUAGUGAACUCGCGGCGUUUCGCGGAUAAUGUCCGAGAAUGUCCAUUUCUGGGACUUUGAGCAACUAUUACGUGGACUCCAUCAUAAGUCACGAGAGCGAUGAACUCUCAACCCCGGCUCGCUUUCCCGGCGUCCACCAGUACUCCGGCUCGAGCUCCUCCGUGGCCGCGGGCGGGAGGCAGCCCGAGCACCCCCACCCGGAGUCCUACCCGUCCUGCAGCUUCCAGCCGAAGCCCCCGGUCUUCUCUUCCUCCUGGAGCCCGUUCAGCCCGCAUCACGGGGCCAGCGGCCUCCCAACCGUCUACCACCCGUACAUCCCAGCGCAGCACGUGCCCGCCGCGGACACACGCUACCUCCGCUCAUGGCUGGACUGCGCGCCGCGCGGCUCCGAGGCUGUCCCGGGGCAGGGCCAGGCGGGGCAGGUCAAGCUGGAGCCUCAGCUCGGACACCACGGCGGAGAGAUCCCGACUAAACUCAGCGGACAGAUCCAGCAGGAGACCACCACGUACAUCCUGGAGUCUGCGUCCACGGCCGCGCGCGAGCUAAAUCUCCAUCCGGCCGCCAUCCCGAGAGCAGGUUUCGAAGAAAAUAAGGACAUUUGUGAUGGGAGUGAGGACAAAGACGUCCCGGAUCAAACUGACCCUUCGGUAAACUGGCUUCAUGCACGCUCCUCCCGGAAGAAGCGAUGCCCGUACACCAAAUACCAGACGCUCGAGCUGGAGAAGGAGUUCCUGUUCAACAUGUACCUCACGCGGGACCGGCGGCAUGAGGUGGCGCGAGCACUCAACCUGACAGAGCGGCAGGUGAAGAUCUGGUUUCAGAACCGGAGGAUGAAAAUGAAGAAACAGAGCAAGGACCAUCCCAAGGACUAGCGGGACUCUCAGUGGCGAUGACACACGCAUACACCAACAUAAAGUCCCAUAUUGCUUAUGUCUUAACCGCAAACUCACACACACACACACACACACACACACACACACACUUGUGGAAGCUCGUAAACACGUCUUCAUUUGAGGCUUUGGUAAAAUCUCACAGAUCAGACUUUAAAUAGGUUGCCUGGUGAUGCCGUGUGUGGGGAGGGUUUUUAUUUUUCUCCAGUACUACUCUUCUUUUAGUUAUUUAUUGUUCCGUAGCUGAAGAAACCGGGUUUCACGUGGCCAUUAAUAAGCAAGAUGAGCACACACACGCACACGCACAAACACACGCGCACACACAAACACACACGCGCAAACACACACACACACACAUUUUUCUUUCUUGGUUUUUCUCUUGGCUUGCAGAAUUUGAUUAGAAAGCGCCUGAUGGUGGACGUUGAUACAAGCAGCUAUCUGCCGUUUGUUUCCCGGUUGUCGGCCUAAGUAAUGAGCAGAUACCCGAAAAGGAGGAGGAGGAUAAGGGUGGGAAGUGAUGAGGUGCCGGGGGUGUUAACCCGACUCAGCAACUGGGGUUCCGAUUAGGCUGCUGUCGAUACGCUGGAUGCCGCCCUUCAGCUCCGGGAUGCUUUAUGCGCUGCGGCGGCGGCUCUGCUCGAGUGCUGAGGCCUAUAUCGGAUAUCGAUACUCGUCCCGUCCGCUUGGAGUAAGCACAGAUUAUCUGAGAGGAGACACAGCACAACGCUCCGGAUUUGAAAAUCAUAUCCAUCCACUUUUUGUUUUAAUUACGCUUUACGCAUCUGCUUUUGGGGAUCUCCAAAAAUGCUCCAGAUCGCACAAUUCGUUUUUUUCUCAGAUUCUGCACCUCGCGUCCAACGCUCUCAAACUGCAUUAAACAGGCAACUCUACACUUCUUCAUUUGACUGGCUAAUUACUUUAGUUUACAAGCUAUUUGCAGGGAUAAUGUUAUACAUGUUUGUUUCAGAUUCCAGUUCGCGCGAAGUUAAAAUGUACUUUACUUUAAUUCUCUGUCCAUAUUUUACAGUCUUUAUUCAGCGUAGGUCUUCGAAUGCAUUUUGAGAAAUAAUCUGCUCUAUUUUUGUACAGACAGUAUAUUGUGUAUUAUCUGCUAUGCAAGGCGGGUCUCUCUCAUUACAGGAAAUGUACGCUGCGCUUCAGCUGAAGAACGAAAAUAAAAAUCCUGAUGCGCUCACGUUUACUGACAAUUUCUAAAUCAUCUUUCGGUUUGUUUUAGCCUAGAAAAAUAUCAUUCCUAGAAUUUCUAUAACGCUUUUAUAUAAAAGGACAUAACGUAAAAUAUGUACUCCCACGUGAAAUGUUCCAGCAAAAGGGUCCGUAUUUAAUAACUAUUAUCUGGUUAAAUUUCAGUUCAUGCAGAAUUGUAUUGAUCUGAAAGUAAAAAAUAUGAAGAGGCCGUGUCGGAAGGCCGGCGUUAUUUGAAGUGUCGGUGUAGUUAAUGGCGUCCGAUGGCAGUUUUAUUGACGGAUCAUAAACAACACAUUGGCUUUACAAUACUGCGCGUUUGUGUGUGUGUGUGUGUGUGUGUGUGUGUGUGUUUGUUGAAAACCACAAAUGAUGCACCGCCAUUGUAAAAAUUAGAAGCAUACAUGUCGUUUACGCACAGCUGCGUGGAUUCUGCCUCCAGUUUAAUCCAUGCUUUAUUCAUUUAGUCGUUUUUGCGCAGAAACGAACGGGUCUACAUGGAGCCUUUUUUGUCUUAGACUUUAUUGAUAAGCAUCAAAUCCUCUAAUUACGAGAACAUGUUUACAUGGUUUGCGCAUGCCUCACAUUCCUCGUCAUUUCGUCGUCUUGCUCUUUGUGUGUUAAAUCUGUCGGAAGGGAAUGCUUACUGAACAUUUAAACAGACUAAAUAGAAGUUUCUUGAUAGGAAAUAUUUCUAAUUUAUUGUAUAUAAACUGAGUAACAUCGUCUCUCUUGUUGGAUGAUUUUAAAAUGGUUGGUUAUUGUUUUGUCUUUUUUGGGAUAUGGCAUUUUAUUGUAAUAUAGAUGAUUUUCUUUUAUUGUGUCUGUCAUGUUCUUUAGAUUCUGUUUUCCAUGUUGUGCCGACUGUCUGUUCUGAAGUCAGUCUGAUUUGUUGUAGCCUAAAAGUAUUGGGAUAAAGAAGACAAAACGAUUUGAUAAAAAUGAAGAUAUGUAUAUAAAUUAUACUUUUUAUUUGAAUAACUCUGUUACUUUCUGCUCUCCGCCUCCUGUCCCAGUACUUCCUCUACUCACUGUUGGAACACAGUUUCUGGAGUAUGUCCUGCUGAUAAAUACAGAAAAACCUCAAGGAGUAAUUUUAUUUUUCCUAAAUUGUUUUUAUCAAGGCGCAUUUAAGCCAUAUGGCCGCAGUAUUCAACCAGCAGGCACACUCCAGAGACUCUGAUCCUCCCUCUUUGUGAAAUGUUCUUCUCUUCUGUCUGUCUCUGUGUUGUUGUUGUUUUGUGCGAUGGCACUGCUGAUGCUGGAUUAAAGAAGAGA